AUGGUCGACGGAAACCAUUUAGAGAACGAGCCGCUCUUGAGUAACAUGGAGCGACAACAGGCCGGCGAGCCUCCGAAUCGGACGAACCCGACCGACCAUCCCGAUGCGCCCCUCGAAGACAAUCCACGCCGCGAGCUUGAAGUCGACGAGGACUCUGGACCAUCGACUCCUAGGUUCAUGCAGGAUGAGGGAGAAUGGAAGCGCUGGAAGUGGGUGCCAUACCCGGUCCGUCGAAUUGUGAAGGCCACAGCGAAGUGGUCCAAGGGCCCACAGAAUCCCAGGGACUACAAGAUCAAGCCCAUCCUCCCCCAGGUUCAAGAGUUUCCUCUCGUUCUGGUUGAGAAAUACUUGAAGACUUCCAAGCAUCGUGUCGGCAUUGUGUUCCUCUAUGUUGCCAUCUGGAUCAUCACAUUUGCGCUGGUCAAGAGGAGUGAGACGUUUGCGACCGAGAUUGAGGGCUGGGGAGCACCCCAGCAGAUUGGAUGCGGCGCGACUUACUGGGGGCGAGGGAACAAGUGCGGCCUCAAUGGCGCCGAUUGUCGUCCCUUCAACGGCAGCGGAUUUCCCUUCAGGUGUUCGGCCAACUGCAAAGGCUACAUGGUCCUGAACCCGAGAGCGGUCGGUGACCAGGAAAUUGUGUACCAGUCCUUCGUCAUUGGCGGACCGGCCAACGAUACUAGCCAGCCCGUCUACCGCGGCGAUUCGUUCCUAUGCGGUGCUGCUAUCCAUGCUGGCGUGGUCAGCAACGAGAAUGGAGGCUGUGGAGUGGUCCGCCUCGUUGGAAAGCAACAAGACUACAUCAGCACCGAAAGAAACGACAUUGAGAGCAUCAGUUUCGACUCGUACUUCCCGCUGUCAUUCACUUUCGAGCCGAAUGUGCAAUGCAAGGCCCGCGAUCUGAGGUGGAACCUUUUGGCUGUCUCAGUCGUUUUCACUGCCAUCCUUUCCAUCUUUACGGCUUCACCAGCGCUGUUCUUCUUCUCGGUCUUCACCGGCAUCUUCUGGCACGUUGGACUGGCCUCAGACCCGCCGAAUCACUACUCCGUGGCUGACCUGGUCUCCAAUAUUAUCGGAAAGUUCCUUCCGGCAAUGUUCUGCGCCUGGGUCAUGUACGACAAGAUGGGUAUUAGGCGCACUCUUUUCGGUCUGACGGCUCAAAUUGAGAAAACCAUUCUUUGGCUCGGCGGAUGCUGGGUUGGCGCUCUCACCAACUACACGUUCACAUGGAUUCCGAUCCAAAGACUGAACGCCCACGACUUGCAACAGCAACCUGGCGCCAAAGCCGCAUUGGCCAUCAUCAUCAUUGUUCUCGUCGUCAUCAUCGUCAAACAGGUGUGGUAUUUUAGACAAGAAGGCCGGCUCAUCAAGUACCUAAAGCUAUACUUGCUCUUCCUUGGUGGAAUCAUCGUAUGUCUCGUCCUCCCGGACUUGAGUCUGCGCAUCCAUCAUUACAUUCUCGCCUUGCUUUUACUGCCCGGCACAAGCAUGCAGACUCGCCCUUCGCUCCUCUAUCAAGGCCUUUUGGUGGGUCUUUUCAUCAACGGUAUCGCUCGCUGGGGAUUCGACGCCGUCCUCCAAACACCCGCCGCCCUUCAAGGAGACGCGCAGCAUGGAUCAGCACUUCCCAACAUUCUCCCGCCCGUUAUCGACCUUGCCCAAAGCACGUGGAGCAUCAAUUUCACGUGGACCGUUCCCUCAGGGGCUCUUUAUGAUGGAAUCAGCGUUCUCGUCAACGAUGUUGAGCGCUUCCGCACUUACUUUGAUGACACGCCCGCUCAGAACAGCUUCCAAUGGACUCGCGACAGCAACCUUGGAAUGAACGAAUACUUCCGCUUUGGAUACAUGGAAGGCAGCGAGAGUUAUGAUUUUACUAAAGCCGGCAUCUGGAACGCCGAGGGCAAAUGGAUAGACAUGAAGGAGGGUACUUCCAUGGUGCGGAGUCGAAGCUUAGUAGAAGAGGAAGAGAGGAUGCCGCGGUGGUAA